AUGCUUAAAUCUACCUACACUCCACCUCCUCCACUGCCUCCGGGGUGGACGGAACACAAAGCUCCUUCAGGACAUACCUAUUACUAUAAUGCGCAAACGAAGCAAUCAACCUACACGAGACCUCAACCCCUCGCUGUAACAUCUCAACAUGCCCCGCCAGCUCCAGCUCCAGUUCCCUCUUAUACUCCAGAAUUUCUACCACCAUUCUCUUCCACGCCAUACGGGCCUCAAGGGUAUGGCUUUGGCGACCAGUCCUUUGAUUUCUCUCAACAUGGCCAAACCCGUCAAGAAUUUCGGGGCGGAAAAGGGUAUCGCGACCGCAGAGGUCGAGGACCCGAAGAUAGACCAAAGUCCAAACACCCCAUACCGGGUUGUGAACCGUGGGUGCUUGUGAAGACAAGGCUUCGGAGAAGGUUUGUUCAUAACCCAGAAACACAAGAAAGUUUCUGGAAGAUCCCAGCCGAGGUCAUGAAAGGAGUGGUCGAGUACGAUCGUCUAGAAAGAGAAGAAAGAGAACGGAAGGAGCGCGGUGAAGAGGUUGAGGAGCCAAGAGAAGAUAUGAAGGUGAAGGCCGACGAGACUGGACCUUCCGAUGAACCGAGCCUUGCGCGAGAUCUUGCCACUACCGCAGAUGCCCCGGAAGAAAGCGACGAGUAUGAAGAGGUGGAAGUUACUGAUAGCGAGGAAGAGGAUGUCAACCCGUCUAAGCGCACCAAGACUGAGGAUAGUAUGGACAAACAGCACCCCCUAGAAUUUACGGAAGAAGAUAUCGAAUAUCAACUCGCCGCUAUGGGUGAGGAAUACGGUCUCGAUCCUGGAGAAUACGGUGAUCCAGGCCAGGAAGGCUGGGAAGAGGGCGCUGAAGGAUUGCCGCUCACGGAGGAAGAUGCCACGGCGCUCUUCCGCGAUCUUCUCGACGACUAUCGUAUCAACCCUUACUCAACGUGGGAAAAGAUUAUAGAAGAAGGCCACAUAAUAGAAGACAGUCGUUACACUGCUCUGCCCAACAUGAAAGCACGUCGUGAAGUUUGGUCUAACUGGAGUCGCGACCGGAUACAGGAGCUUAAAGAACGGAAAGAGAAGCAAGAGAAGAGGGACCCUCGCAUUCGGUACUUUGCUUUCCUUCAAGAGCAUGCAACCCCCAAACUAUACUGGCCAGAAUUCAAGCGCAAGUUCAGAAAAGAGUCCGAAAUGAAGGACUCCCAGCUAUCGGACAAGGAUCGAGAGAAGUACUACAGAGACCUAGUCUCACGAUUAAAACAGUCUGAAAGUACUAGGAAGUCGGAUUUCUCGGCAUUGCUCAAAUCGGUCCCGUUACAAGAGCUUAAUCGGUCAACAGAUCUGGAGGCACUUCCAUCGACCAUCAUCACAGACUUGAGAUACAUUGCACUGCCUUCUAAAGUGCGUGAUCCGCUGCUCGAGACUUAUAUUUCAACUCUAGCACCCCCGCCCGAGCAACACUUGACUUCGGAAGAGCUCGAGGAGCUGAGCAGGAAGAAAAUAGAGCGCGAGAAGCGCGAAAAGGCUUUGGCUGAACGCGAAAAACGAGUGCAGGAAGAGAAACGGAAGCAGCAUAGCAAUCUCAUUCGCGGAAAACAUCUUCUGAGAGAGGGCGAGGCAGAGAUUGAGGAGGCGAUGAGAGUUAAAAAGGAAGGGCUUCGAAGCUACCUAGAAGCCGAAGAGCAAAUCUCGACUCACUCACCGCAAGAGAAAAGCUCUGACGCUACUUGA